GGAAGUGAAUAUGUUUUUAUUAAACUGCAGUAGGCUUCACUGCUGCUAUAAUAACCACCUGUACUGAUGAUAAAGAACAGUAGGCCUAUGCUGUCGACACUGAGCAUGAAUUUCAGAUUCAGUUUUAAAAUCUACUGUAUGUGCACUUUCAGGGAGAUCUCUGCUCUGGCCCGGGGUGACAGAAAUGUCAAAGAUAUCCACAGGCACACAUCCACCUGUCUCGUCGGAAGGCGCUUGCUUGGUGUCCUUAUAAUAAACCCCUCCACACACACACACACACACACACACACCCCACCACCUCCACCCUCCAGCUCUCUCUGUUUCCGUGUCAUCCGGGGAGAUGUGCUGCUCGGAGCCGCGCUGAGUGUCUGUCGCCUCGUAUUGAGUUUCAGCGCGGCAGCAGUCGGGUUUCUCUCCGGGAGAUCAGGUGUAGAGCGCGGCCGCUGCCUCUCCCUCCUGGUCGGUAAGUUUUCCGCGGCUGAGCUGCUCCGCCGCUCGCGUUGCGCCCGGACGGAGAGUCGGAGGCAUGAAGCGGCUCUAGGAACAAAUACGCGAGAGGAGGAGAGACAGAGGACAGCGGGGCGAAGGGAAUUAAACAGUCUGACCGAACAGGGACCAGGGACGACGUCCAAGCUGAAUCCGCCGGGCCUGCUGACUAUGCCCCGGAGCCCCACCUCCAGCGAGGAUGAGAUGGCCCAGAGCUUUUCCGACUACUCCGACGACUGUGCCUCCAACAGCUCCCGCGAAGAGACCAUUUACGAGACCAUAAAGGCCACCGCCGAGCCAUCUCAGAACCGCAUGGACGACAUUCACACCAACUCGCUGGUCAUCCGCGUCCUCAUCCCCGACCUGCAGCAGACGAAAUGCAUGCGGUUCAACCCGGAUGCGACGGUCUGGGUUGCCAAGCAGCGGAUCCUGUGUACGCUUAAUCAGAGCCUGAAAGAUGUGCUCAACUAUGGGCUUUUCCAGCCAGCUAGCAAUGGGAGGGACGGCAAGUUCCUGGAUGAAGAGCGCAUCCUUCGAGAGUACCCCCAGCCAAUCAGCAAGGGUGUCCCGUCUUUGGAGUUCCGCUACAAGAGCCGAGUCUACAGGCAACCCAAUGUGGACGAGAAACAGAUCGCCAAACUUCAUACAAAGGCCAAUCUGAGGAAGUUCAUGGACCUCAUCCAGCAUAAUCAGGUGGACAAAGUGUCCAAGUUGUUGGAGAGAGGCUUCGAUCCCAACUACCAUGACAGUGAGACUGGCGAGAGCCCGCUGACAUUUGCAGCUCAUCUGGACAAUGUGGUGGAGAUAAUCAAGGUUCUGAAGAAUGGAGGAGCUCACCUGGACUUCAGAGCCAAAGACGGCAUGACCUCCCUCCACAAAGCUGCUCGGUCCAAGAACCAGGUUACACUCACGACACUGCUGGAGUUGGGAGCUUCGCCAGACUACAAGGACAGCCGUGGUCUGACUCCUCUGUAUCACAGCGUGGUGGUGGGAGGGGACCCGGGCUGCUGCGAGCUCUUGUUGAACCACCACGCCUUCGUCUGCUGCCAGGACGAGAACGGCUGGCAUGAAGUUCACCAGGCUUGCCGUCAUGGCCAUGUGCAGCACCUGGAGCAUCUGCUGUUCUAUGGAGCAGACAUGAGCGCCCAGAAUGCCUCGGGAAACACUGCUCUCCACAUCUGUGCCCUAUACAACCAGGAUAACUGUGCCAGAGUGCUGCUUGUUCGUGGAGCCGACAAAGAAGUGAAGAACUACAACAGCCAGAGUCCAUUUCAGGUCGCCAUUAUUGCUGGAAACUUUGAGCUCGCUGAACUCAUCAAGAACCACAAAGAGACAGAUAUAGUGCCUUUCCGCGAGGCUCCAGCCUACUCCAAACGCCGCCGGGGUCUGUCUUCUGGCAACGGCAGCGGAAACGACCAGUCCCCCUCCUCGUUAUCAGCGCCACGGGUCCUCCUGCGCUCCAACAGCGACAACAACCUAACAGUCAGUCAGUACCAGCAGCAGCACGGUUCUCCUGGCAACUGGGCCCCCCAUCUGCAGCAGCACCAACACGCCCAGCCCCACCUGCACAGGGCCCCCCAGCAGGGUCACUCGCAGCCUGGCUCCUCAGCAUUGCAUCGCAGCCUGUCACCCCAGCUGCUCCAGCAGAUGCCCAGCGGCAGCCCCAAUGGCAACGUGGUGGUCCGGACCAUGGGGAGGGGGGCAAGGAGCCGGUCGCCCUCCCUCAGCCGGCUGGGGGAGGAGGCCCGACGGGCUCUACCUUCACAGCGCCAGCCCAGUCCCAGCAGUCAUGGCGAAGCAGUAGGCCCCAGAAGGAAGCUGUACAGUGCGGUUCCUGGGAGACAUUUUGUGGUGGUUCGUCCUUACACCGCCCAGGCCGAGGGAGAGAUCAACCUCUACAAGAGCGACAGGGUCAAAGUUCUGAGCAUUGGAGAGGGGGGUUUCUGGGAGGGCAGCGCCCACGGCCAGGUGGGCUGGUUUCCGGCCGACUGUGUGGAGGAGAUCCCGGCCAAGACCACCGAGGAGAGGACCUAUUCCCGAGCGGACCGUGCAGACAGACGGAAGCUCUUUAGACACUACACUGUGGGCUCCUACGACAGCUUUGAUGCCUCCAGUGACUGCGUGGUGGACGAGAAGACGGUGGUGCUCCAGAAAAAGGAGAAUGAGGGAUUCGGCUUCGUCCUGCGAGGGGCCAAAGCGGAUACGCCCAUUGAGGAGUUUACUCCCACACCUGCCUUCCCCGCCCUGCAGUACCUGGAGUCGGUGGAUGAGGGAGGAGUGGCAUGGCAGGCGGGGCUCAGGACGGGGGACUUCCUCAUCGAGGUAAACCAGGAGAAUGUGGUGAAGGUGGGCCACAGACAGGUGGUCAACAUGAUCCGCCAGGGAGGCAACCGGCUCCUGAUCAAGGUGGUGACGGUGAGCCGGAAUCUGGACCCCGAUGAUACAGCACGCAAAAAAGCUCCUCCACCACCAAAGAGAGCCCCCACCACGGCCCUGUCUAUGCGCUCCAAGUCGAUGACCUCUGAACUGGAGGAACUUGUGGAUAAAGCCACUCUAAGGAAAAAGAAAGGUGAUGCGCAGAAGAAGAGGAUUGUUUUCCAAGUCACUCUAAACAAAGUUGAAGAGAUGACACACGCCCAGAAGACCUCACCUGUUGAUAUGAAGAUUGCCACAAUCAAACCACGCCCAUCCAGUCGCUGUUUGGUUACGGCUGCUGAUAUGAAUUCCAUGUAUCAUGACCGCCAGGGAGUAGCAGUGGUGCCACCCACUGUGCCAGGGGCCUUCCUGGGGAUACCUGAGAAGGGCACUAUGAAAAAGCAAAAGUCAAUAGGUACAACGGAGGAUGAGAAACAGGGAUUCCUCACACCUCCCCUACUCAAGUUCUCUCGCAGCCUCUCUAUGCCCGACACCUCAGAGGACAUCCCUCCUCCCCCAGCCAUUUCACCUCCUUCGCCACCUGCCUACAACUCAGCUGCUGGCCCUACACCCAAGAGCUACAGCACCACACGGCCCAGCUUCACCCAGAACUCACCCAAUGCAGUGACGACCAUUGGCCGAACAACUGAUGUUGGUACGUUAAGGCGUGGCUAUUUCCGCCAGAGCUCAGAGCAGUUUGAGAGCACACGCACUCGAGGGCGCACACCAGUGCCGGAGAACCCUUACUCUGAGGUGGGCAAUAAGACACUGUAUGUGCCAGCAAAACCAGCUCGAAGGAAGGGCAUGCUUGUAAAGCAGCCCAAUGUUGAGGACAGUCCCGAGAAAACAUGUCACAUGCCAGCAAGCCCCUCGGGCCCAGUUUCCAUGCCUACUACGCCUGUAGAACGAACGUGCUCCUCCAUCCCCAUCCCCACCAUCAUCGUUAAGGAGCCCUCCACCAGCAGCAGUGGCAAGAGCAGCCAGGGUAGCAGUAUGGAGAUCGAACCCACCACCCCUGAACACCCACCUCUCACGGCCACUGUUGGUGGAAGCGGAGGGUUGCGUCCUGAAGACCCUCUGUCUCUAAGCAACCCCUUUGCAGCAGCAAUUGCUGGGGCAGUACGGGACCGGGAGAAGAGGCUAGAGGCAAAAAAGCACUCAAUUGCCUUCCAGUCUAUAGACAUAGGGGAUGAUGACUUCAGUAGUCCCACACCAACCCCUCGCCUUCGCCAUUCAAAGUCCAUCGAUGAAGGCAUGUUCAGUAGCGACGAGCGGCUUCGGAGGAUAUUGGCUCCCCCUCCUGCAACACAGCUUGGGCCCCCAGUUGGGGGUGGUAGUGGCAACAUGACAGAUUUCAACACUCCUGAGCCUACAGUGGUGCGGGAGCCUCUAAACACCAGAACAGGCCAGUGUCCCAACCUGGACAGUCCUGUUAGUCUCCCAUCCACUCCUCCUAAGAGCCAUUACAGGGCCAAUGGGACCUACCUCCAUCCUGUCACCGGCAAGCCCUUGGACCCUAAUUCUCCACUAGCUCUUGCCCUGGCAGCUCGUGACCGGGCCAUGAAGGAGCAACAAAACCAUCCUCAGAAUCAGCCACAAAAUCCUCCUCAGGUUCAGCAAACCCCCAAGCAUGAAACCCAGUCCCUUCCGAUUCAGCCAAGCCACAAACCAGACCUCAACCAACCGCUGUUUAUUGACACCAAACUACGCUCCGGGAUCGAGACGAGUUUUGCUGCAAUCUCUACCGCAACCAUGGGGCGACCUGGCCGAGGUGGCCUGCGGAGGCAGAUGACGGAGCAGAAGUAUGAGUCUGAUGGGGCACGGGAAGAACGGCAGCAUCAGGCAGUUGAGGAGAGGAAAAGUGCACCAGCGGAUGUGGCAGACACAUCACAGCCCAAGUCAGCUGGGUUGCUGAUGGUCCACACCAGCACAGAAGCAAGCAACAAGGUGAACAACCAAGAGGUGGAAGGGCAGGACAGCAACAGGCCAUCUGAGCUGAAGGAUCCCAACCAACCCGAUCCUCUCAAAGCUCCAAUACUGUCCUCCAAUCCCCAGCCACCCUCAUCACGGAGGAGGAGCAUUCCCUUAGGCGAGUCCAUGGAUGAACCAGUAAAGCUGCCCUUCCGCAUCCCCCCUCCCCCUCUGGCCUCAGUUGACAUUGAUGAGGAUUUUGACUUCUCAGAGCCCCUCCCCCCACCGCUGGAGUUUGCCAACAGUAUUGACAUUCCUGAUGACCAGGCUAGUGCCAUUGCAGAGAUGCUUCAGCAACAGAGACGGAAUGGGGGGCCUUCUCUACCCCCAUACCAUGCUCACGCCCCACCUCCUGUUACUGAUCAACACAAACGGGUGGCAAACAGCAUGCCCCCCUCAUAUCCUCCUCCUCCACCUGACCCAGAGUCAGGGGUGGGUGACUCUGGCAUCGAAGAGGUAGACAGCCGCAGUAGCGGGGAUCCUCUGCAUAUGGAGACCACCAGCACCGUUUCCAGCAUCUCCACCCUGUCGUCAGAGGGAGGCUUCUGCGACAGCGCUCUGGAGAGCCUCUAUGCCACCGCAGACGGGCAUGCCUUUCUGGUGGAUCGGCCCCCUGUGCCACCCAAACCCAAGGGCAAGUCCGUCAUCAACAGAACAUCGCUUUAUCAUGACGCUCUCAUUGAAGAGCCCCCAGAGUCCUAUGGGUCACCCCCUCAGGCCCCUCCCCCUCCCCCUUCAUCCUCUGAACCUCCUAGGACUCCUACUCAAAGGACAUCCAAGCUGUGGGGAGAUCAGCCCCCUGAGCUGCGCAGCCCCCCAUCCACACCAGACACCAAAAACACCGUUAUUACCGAGCUGAGCUCCAUUCUGCAGCAAAUGAAUCGCGAUAGGCCAGCCAAGCCAGGAGAAAGCCUCGACUCCCCCAUGGGGACCAGGGGGGCCUUCGGAACAAGGCCUCCCACAGAAGACUCAGGAAUGCGUAACAACGCUGCCGCUGCUGCUGCCCUCGCCUCCACCCCUCCCAGCAGCCUCCCAUCCCAGACGCACCCCUGCAGCCCGCCAGACUCCGCCUCCUCCCUCACCCCCUGCUCCUCACUGCCGCCCUCCGUGUCGCCCACCCUCACCGACGUCUUCGGCCUGCCCACCCCGCCCAUGGGCAGCGGUGGCGGUUACAGCCUGAGCUCCUCGUGCGGCGGCAGUGGGAGCUCGCGCUCCCCGUCGCCACUCACUCUGAUGCAGGCGGUGGCGGCCUCGGGCAAGCCCUUCGCCUCCAAACCCAUGGAGCUGUGGAGCAAGCACGACGUGGCGGACUGGCUGGAGAGCCUCAACCUGGGGGAGCACAGGGACGCUUUCCUGGACAAUGAGAUAGAAGGCGCCCACCUGCCCUCGCUGCAAAAAGAGGACCUGAUAGACCUGGGCGUGACGAGGGUGGGCCACCGCAUGAACAUCGAGAGGGCCCUCAAGCUGCUGCAGGACAGAUAAGCCCCGAGGAGACGGGGUGGCGACGUGUGGAGUCAGGGCCGAGGAGAGGGAGGUGUUACCGAUCACUUUUACCAAUCUCUUCAUCAGACAUAAUCUCAAGAACUGGGUAGAAGUUUUGUCCGAGCUGAUGCUGCCUCUUGCUGUUUUUGUCCUCUCUCAUCCUCCGUCGCCCUCAUCUCAGUGCUCCGGUCUUGUCCGCCCUCUUCCUCCUUCCCACCGCUCUGGGCAUCAGGGGAUCAUGGGAUGUCGGGCGGAACUGCAGGGGGAGAGAGAAGAGAAUAGCUGCUAUGUCACAUCAAGGAGAGAGAAAGCAGAGGAGGCCAGUAUGAAGGACUGACUAGAAAACAAAAAACUCUGGAAUAGUGUGUACUCAAACACUGGGGAAAGAAAUACUUGUCUGGAAGUUUAUUUCACAUACAGACUCGUGCUCACCCAACUGCUUUGGAAUACUAAAGACUUUUUCCAUACACCCCGGUGUGGGUGCAUGAAAAACCAGCUGAGCUGGUCGUUGCUCCUUUUCUAUCUUUGCUAGAGUUUGUUCAAAGAAUAAUAUUUCUUCACUAGAGUCCUACCGGAGUUAUAUUUCUGGGUGCAUCUAAGGUUGUAGAGAAAAAUUUGAGAUAGACUCCUUUUUUUUUGCUUUUCACCUGUUUGUGUCAAAAUAAGAACAUUAGCUGACAUGUUAAAACAAAUAUUAAAGCAUAUCUCAUGUCCAUGCACACACAGACACAUACACACACUUUAUGCACAGUGCCACACACUGACAAAUGAGAAGACACACUGUCUUCACAGACAUACACACCCUAAGCAUGUAUACACACACCGAUACUGCGAUGGCCUUCUUCUCCUGAGAGAGAGCAAAGCGGGGAGAGAGGUGGUCACCAGAGGAGGAGCUCCGCUGUAGCAGGGGCCCCGGGGCCCCUUGCCAGUCUACACCCACCCGGUGUCCACCUCAUCAUACAAGGGAAACCAAGGCAAGGACACGAGGUACAAGACGGACAGACAAACGUUGGACCAGAAAAAUUCCCACCUUGAAAUGGUUUUACCAGCUUGUCUGUCUGCAAAGGGCGUCCUUGUCCCUCUCGGCUUUUCCUUCUAGUUUUGUGUGUGUGUGCUUGUGCGUGUGCUUGUGUGUGUGUCAGUGGUUGACCCAAUAUAUCAUUAUGGCCAGUUUAGCUAUUUCCAUGGAUCCACUAUAUAGGCCACAGUAUAGGGAAACUAGAGCUGUUCUUUACUUUUCUUUACUUUUCUUCAUCCUGUCAAAUCUCCUUCCAUUAGCAGGUCAACACUUGGUAUUCAUGUGGCCCCACAGUAAUGCUAAUGUAUCCAACACCCUGUGUGUACGUGGUAGAAGUUGAGGUUUUUUAGAGAGACCGUUUCAAAGUAUGUUUAAAGGAAUAGUUCAACAUUUGGGGGGAAUACGCUUAUUGGCUUUCUUGCUGCAAAUUAGAUGACAAGAUUGAUACCACUCUUGUGUCUGUACACUACAUAUGAAUCUGGAGCCGGGAGACAAUUAGCUUAGCAUAAAGACUGGAGGCAGGGGGAAACAGCUAACCUGGCUCUGUACAAAGUUUAAAAACAAAAUCUGCCUACCAGCAGCUUUAAAAGCUCUCGAAUGAACAUGUUAUAUCUCCUCUCUUAGUUAGUGAGCUUGUAGAGGCGUUGGUAGGCAGAGUUUUAGUCACGCAAGCAGCAUGGCGCUAUGGAUGGCAGUUUAGUCGGUCGGUCGGCCCACCACUUUGGUCCAGACUGAAAUAUCUCAACAGCUAUUGAAUGACUGCUAUAAAAUAUUGGACAGACAUUCAUGCUCCCCAGAGGAUGAAGCCCAAUGACCCCCUGACUUUUCCUCUAGCGCCACCAUGAGGUUGACAGUUGUGGUUUUGAGUGAAAUGUCUCGACUACUAUUGGAUGGAUCGCCGUGAAAUUUGGUACAGACAUGUUCAUGUUCCCCUCAUUCCUGACAUUCCCAUCAGCCUCAGCUGUACUUUGUGUUUAGUGCUAAUUAGCAAAUGUUAGCAUUGCUAAACUAAGAUGUUGAGCGAGGUAAACAUUAUACCUGCUAAACAUCAGCGUGUUAGCAUUGUUAUUGUGAGCAUGUUAGCAUGCUGAUGUUAGCCUUUAGCUCAAAGCACUGCAGUGACUAAUAGACUCACAGAGCCGUAGCAUGGCUGUAGACUCUUACUCUCAUUUAAACUUUAGACAGAGCUAGGCUAGCUGUUUCCCCUGUUUCCAGUCUUAAUGCUUAGCUAAGCUAAUCGUCUCCUGGCUCUAGCUCCGUUUUUACAUGAGAGUAGUAUCGAUCUUCUUAUCAAACUCUCAGCAAGAAAAUGAAAAUGUGUAUUUCUCGAUAGCAUUUUAUGGAAUUUGAAUCCAGUGUAAAAUCCUUUUGGAGCCCUUUUUUUUUUUUAGCUUUCACCUAUAUUAUUUUAAGAAGUUAUGAACAACCUAAUAUUUAAGAACUAAAACUCACAGGUUGAUAUUUAAAGAGCUAAAACUCAAGUUUUACCAGAGAAAUUACAUAUUUUCUUUUUAGCUAAAUGACCACCUGAACGUUUUGUACAUUGUUCUUUGUUAAUAAAGAAGAGCGAGGAGAUUAAAAGACUCCAUAAGAGAUUUGUUAGCAUUGAACUAACUCAAGCUCAAAUCCAUCCGGGCCCAAACAGAACCAAACGGCAUCCCAAACUGGAACAGCUGUUUAGAGGUACGAUUCUGUGAUUUGGAACACAGAGUCAAAGGAAAAGUACUGUUGUAGACCAAAACAGCCUUUAGUGUGUUUUCUGUUCGUAAAGAAGGCUGGAGACGCAACGCUGCGUUAACAAAGCUGUUGCAGACUGACACUGGCAGCCGCUACAGAAUCAGACUGUUUGUCUUUGAAGAUGAAGUAGGUCUUGUCUUAUAACUGUACGUAUCACCAGGUUAACGCUUUGUAGAGCGACUUCAGCCAGCUGACACGAAAUCUCACCGAACCGUCGGCUUUUAGAGCAGAUGGAGAAUCUGUGGCUUCAGGGUUUAAUGUUGAAUUACGUGUUCACGUAAGUCCACAUGCCUUGUCCUGCCCUCUAACCACUGUGCAAAAAAUAACCAGAGAAUAACCUGACAAACCCGGCAGCUGUUCAUCAGCGUGAGCCCUGUGUGAGAUUAGAAAGGGAUAGAAACCAUUUCUGAUCUGUUGCAGAUGAACUUCAGUCUCUGUAACUCGACUGGACUUUGAGCUUCUCCAAGUUCCAGAUUCGUAUCCAGCCUCACUGCAGCUCCAGCAGUGGAGACAGGAUUUAAACUUUGUUAUAAGGGUCCAAUUUAAAACUAAAUCAGCAUUUAUAAAGCUGGAAAUUUAUUGUGUUUGCUAGCAAUGGUUACAGGCUGGUCAGAAGUAGAAGUACAGUAUGUGUUGAAAUGUGUGUAUAUAAGAGUGUUUAACAGGAUAAAAAAAUGUUUAUUUGAUUAUAUGUAUAGCUCUAUUAAAAGGUUUAGAGUAAAAAAAGAAAUUCUAUGAAGGUUGAUUUAUAGUUGCCAGAGCUGACCUGAGGACCAACGCAGUGGUCUCAUUCGCCCAUCAUCCUGCAGAGGAUGCCUUAAAUAGCUCACUGUUCCCUUCCUCCACUACCUGCACCACUGUCGGUUGUUUAGCUCUAUAAAGAAAAAGAGCUUGUGUUUUAUCUCAAAGUAGAUUCUUUCAGAGCGCACUUCACGUGUGGUUUGAUAUGUGCUCGACAGUAACCCAACGUCUGGAAAUAUAUAUCGUUUUAGAACAAGUUCUCCCUUAUUUGGUUUCAUAUCACACUCCGCAGCUUUCGAGGAGACAAAUGAAACAUACACAAGCUCUGUGUUCUGUGAACAUUAGCCGUAUGGAGGCUGGCAUGGGACAAUGCUGCUAUAAUCCUGUUCCUGUUUGAAAAUGUAACUUAUUUUAAAACAAACAGCGACGUGUCGGAGGGAGUCGAAAAGCACAGUAUUUUUAAAGAUUUGUAUAGAGUUCUAUGAAAUUUUAUAGAGGUUAUCUGAACAAAAACCUGUUCAACACUGACGCGUGGAUUGCCAAAAACAGAAAUACUAUAUCGAUAAAAACGUGGAUAUUAUUAGACUAAUGGGUUAUGUAAGAAGCAAUAUUUAUUCUGAAUGAAUCUCCUUGGUUGUGUUUUAUUUUCCCAUUUUAAAGUUACAUAUCAUGAUGCGAACACUUGUCAGUGUUUUAAUGAAGUGUUGCCUAAAGUAGAUACACUCUCUACUGCAGUAGUAGACGUAAGAUAUUUUGACCAGUCAAGUGACCACGAAACCGAGGUAUCUUCUGACGACCACCAUCUGCCUGACUAGACUUCUCUCAUCUUCUGAAAUCCCUGAGUCUAGAGUGUGUGUAUAAAAAAGAGCAAAAUCUGUAAAUUUAAAAAAAAUAUAUAUAUAUAACCGCAGGCCAUCUUGGUAGGAAACUAUAUGAAACCUAUAUAUAUGUAUACAUACAUAAAUCCACCAAAAAGAUUAGUGGUGGCUGUUGAUUCCUUUAUGUGGAGCAACAGGUCACUAAGCAGUUUUCUCUGUGGAAAUGUAGAGCUGAGUAGAUGUAGUAGGAAUCGUUAAAGAGCAUCACCAGGCCAUGUUUAGGACAGGCAUGGCUCACUAACCCACUUCCACUCCCCUUCAAAACACUGCUCCCACCUUUAUCAUUGUCCAACAUUUGGGUACCUGUUUCUUUUUCUCUUUCUUUCUUAAUUAAUUUAUUUAUUUUUUUCAUUAAUAGAUUUUAUUCUUUGAUUAAGUCUUCAUUAGAGGCUAAGAUGUUUUCGGUAAUUUGUGCAAAGACUUGUGUUCAUGUUUUCUAUGUUGCUGUAAUUUUGUGCUACUAAAUCAUCAUAGAGUCAACUAAUUACUGAAAUGAAAAGAGAGAGAAUUUUCCUGUAACUGCACUCUUCCUUCCCUGCCCCCUCGAAUCCUCAAGACUUCUUGUAUGGCAACCAAAAUUCACUGUAAGAAAUAAAUAUAAUAUUGCACUA